UGCAGGCUAUUUAUUUAGCCCUAAACUAUAUAAAUAGGAAAGGUGAUUGUUGCUGCAUAAUUUACAUUGACUUAGUUAGUGCACUUCAGGCUUUGAUCUCAUAUGAAUCUAGUUCUCACUCCAUAGUUAUUAAAAUUCGAAAACUAAUUUGUCAUCUCACUAUGAGAAAUUUUUUUGUGAAGUUCUGUUGGGUCCCAGGCCACAUGGGUAUAAGAGGUAAUGAAGAAGCUGAUACAGCCGCUAAGUCAGCAAGUCCUUCACAGCAUACAAUGUGUAUUAAAGGAGGUGAUUUGAAGCUAGUCGUUAAAAAACGACUAGCAGAGAGAUGGCAAAACGUGUGGAAUGCACAAAUCCACAAUAAACUUUACGAGAUCAAACCUUUGGUAGAAAAUUGGACACAUAAUAGGCAAUAUGAUAGGAGAUGUGAGGUUAUCCUUACUCAUUUGAGAAUUGGACACACUCGACUGACUCAUCAAUAUUUUUUGAAGGGAGAUGAUGAACUAGUAUGUCAGCACUGCAACUGUGCUGUAAGUGUUAAACACAUAUUUUGCAACUGUGUUGCUUUUGAUCAGACUCGUAGACAGCAUUUCGGAAAUGCAAGCUUUAGAGACAUUUUGGGCCAGAGGCCAAAUCUGAAUAAUAUACUGGACUUUUUGAAAGUCCUUAAUAUGUGUAGAGAAAUAUGAUGAUUUAUUUAUUGU